AUCGUUCUUAUAUGCGAUUAACAGAAAAGGAAGAUGAAUCACUGCCAAUAGAUAUAGUUCUUCAGACACUUCUGGCCUUUGCAGUCACCUGUUAUGGUAUAGUUCAUAUUGCAGGAGAGUUUAAAGACAUGGAUGCCACUUCAGAACUAAAAAAUAAGACAUUUGAUACAUUAAGGAAUCAUCCCUCCUUUUAUGUAUUUAAUCAUCGUGGUCGAGUACUGUUCCGGCCUUCGGAUACAACCAGUUAUUCAAACCAAGAUGCAUUGUCUUCUAACACAUCGUUGAAGUUACGAAAACUCGAAUCACUGCGUCGUUAAGAUUUUUACAAAUAAUGAUAACACGACAGGACACAGAGCUGGAAUAUUGGAGUUUGGGGUACCAAAACACUCCCCCAUCAGUAUUUAUAUUGAUCUUUCAGAUCUAAUUAAAAAAAACUACGGCCCUUGUUUGUACACUGUUAAUCAAAUCAUUAACGCAGUGUAAGUUAUGUAUGAAAUGAGUCUUUGGUCCAUCAUAUAGGGAGUUUUUUCAUUUAGAACAAAUUCACGUUUUUUAUAAAAGUCACUGUUUUGAGUACAUUACCUUAAAAAAUGUUGGUGGGUUUUUUUUUUGUGACUAUUUAUUUUCUUAGAUUUAUUUUGCACUACAAUUUUAGGAUCCUUUGGAAAUACCGUGUGACUCCUGCAUUUUGCAGCAUAAAUUAUAGUCAAAUGGUCUUCAGUUCUUGACAAAUGGACUUCCCUAAUGAGACCAAAAUGGUGACCUUUCAGUUUUUCUUGCAUCCCUUCAAAAGUGGCUCUGCUUCAGCAGAUACUUGCCGAUUUUUCCUUUAUCCAUGACUUCUCACCCCGCCCCACUCCUGUAUACCUUCUAACAUCAACUGUCUUGUUUCAUCACUUCUCUGAGGUUCUGUGUGCAGUGAGCAAUUUUGUGUCAGAAAUUAUUUGUCAUAACACAUAUAUUUAACAGGCUCAACUUGGUAUAAGCUACUUGUGUUCUCUUUAUCUGAAAAGUUUUCUCUUAAUUGAUUAUGUAGUAUAAGAAUAGGUGAAGAUAGACCAAAAAGACCAUUUGUGAUUUCAUUAUCCUGCCUAGGUAGAGGAAAAGUAAUCAUUGAGGAAAACCGAUUACUUGUCACUAGCCAGUUUAACUUAUUUAAAGUCUCUGUUAGUUUAUUUCAUACUAAACUAACAAAUUAAUGAAAAUAAAGGAAGCUUCUCAAUCUAAAGGCAGACUUUAAAGAAACUGGGAUAAAUAUGCUCUAAAUAUUGGAACUGAUGUGUUGAAUUUUGUAGAAAAUUAAGGUCAUUUAAGAAAUUGUUUCAUAGAUUUUGAUUUAUAGUAGGCUUAGAAUUUUCCACCUUCACUGUAUGUUGCUGAAGGUGAGGAUGAGGAUGCAGAAUUGACUUUUUUAGAAACAGUAAUUUUAGGGCAGUUUGGCUAGCUCUUCCAGCUAGCAUGCUACAGGAAGCUCAACAGUUCUUUGUGGAGAACAUUGCUUUUGUUAAAUUGUACAGAUAUAAAAAUAUUGCUUUGGAUCAUAGGUGUAAAGGGAAUAACUGUAUGCAGGUUUGAAAAGGAAACGUGUCUAUCCUUCUGUGGUUCGUAAGUGUGAUGAUUGGGUGUUCCCGCCAUUGUAUGAGCUGUGUUCCCCUCGAACCUUGUUACGGCGUCAGACCCGUCUGACGUGAAGAAAAGAAAAAGAAAAGGAAAUGUGCCAGAAGCAGGAGUCAUAAGAUGCCCAUAUACUUGAUGACAUUUUUUUUCCUCUAGAAAUGAACCUCAGCACUUCUGUUGUACGUGGUGACAUGGCCCCAAAGCAUAAGAUUUUUUUAUCAUUGGGUUCUUACUGUUACUUAGUUAUAUUUUGUUUUCCCGACCCAGUCUGUCUGGAACCUUGACUCUGCUCUCUAGUGAGAACACAGUUAGGCAUCUGCUGAUGACCUAAAGUAAUUCAGAAGUGAGUGCAAAUGUGAAGUCGGGGGUUAAAGUUAUGAUAAUGAAAUCAAAAUAGCAUUCAGGAAACAAGCUUCUCACUUGUCUACCAUUUCCUCAGGUAUGGCUUGAUCUGGGAGAGCCUCUUGUGUUCCUCUCUUUGGGACUGUCUUCCUUUCCUAAUAUGUUUUUGUGAAAACUUUAUUGAGGUACGGCUCAGAUACCUCAUAAUCCAUACCUUUAAAGGGUACACUUGUGUAAUUCGUAGUAUAUUCACAAAGGUGUGCAACCAUGACCACAAUCAAUUUCAGAACAUUUCAUUACUCCAAAAGAAUCCCUGUACCCUGGAGUAGUCUACUUUCAUUGUCUCCCAGUGGUCCUCCCAGCUAAUCUAAUUUUCGGUGUGUAUAGAUUGGCCUCUUCUGUUAGAUAGUAUGCAUUGAUUCAUACAAUAUCUGGUCUUUUAAGAUGGGCUUUCCAAAUAUGAUUUCCCACAUGGAGUGAGAAAUUCUUUUCAUCUUUAUUGCUAUAAAAGGCAGGUGGUUAGUCAAAUCAAUCAAUUUAAGGAGAGAGGGCCAUAUACCUAAUAGGAUUCUCAGUUCAUCUGGUGCUGAGAAGUUCUCCCUCAUAGCAAAGCAUUUAUGAUGUACUACUAUUUAUAUUCUAUUGGCUAGUGUCUAGGAUGAACAUUGAAAUCUUUGCCUGCCUAGUCAGGAGAGUUCUGCUAAAAAUGAUGCCAAGUAACUUGGCAAAUAAUUGACAUAGCAAUUUUCAGGUGUGUCUACCUUUGAUCACAGUUUGUAUACCUCGGGCCAGGUGAGCUCUCCAAAUUUCUUUUUUAAAUUUACUCUAAUGAGUUUCUGUUUGUUUGGUUGUUUUUUUUUUCCAAGUAUGUACCAUAGGACUGAAGGUGAUUCGGGUGCACUGUAACACUGCUAAAUGCAUUAAGUACAGACUUUUAUUUACAGUACUAUGAGACUGUUAAUUACUGCCUGGAGUAGUUCAAAAUUACAGUGAUGUGAGCCACUCAUGCCUGCAGUUGACUAUGGUCUUAGUCAAACUUAUAUCAAUCAAGGCUCUCUGGAAUACAGGAAGACUUCUUAAUAAUCAGGGAAUCAGCCAAAUACUAUGGGCUAAUGGUCCAGCUGCAGAAAUGCAGAUCAGUAAAUCGGAGACAACUAUGCUCUGUAACUUCACAAUGAUUGUUUCCUAAGCAUUGUGGCUUAUUGUUGAGUGACAUGACAGCAUCUUCCUGGGUGUAUGUGGCCUGUUUCCAGGAUGUAUCGAGUCGUAUUUGUUGUGAGUGUCGAUGCCUGUAACACCGACCUAAACACAUAUUUUUUUGGAUAUGUUUCCUCUUUAAAUGACCUUGCCCUGUCCAAUAAACAAAUGAUUGUCUCACCCUG